CGUUGUCACCUGUUUUUGUCCUCACCUGGCCUCUUGUUAGCUGGAGUUUACACUUUGCAUCUCUGGUGGUGACAGCCUUUGGACUUUGUCUUUACCUCUGUCUCCUCCUUGCUUCAGUGUUUUUUGACCCUGCGUCUACCCCCUCAAGCCGCCCUCUGGUUCAGGACCCAAAUGUCACACCGACUUCUUGGCCAUUUGUCUGUCUGUUUGUUUGUUUUUUCUCUCUUUCUCUGCCAAUGUUGUGUUCUUGUUUCUCUCCCAACCAACUGGGUUUGUUUAGGCAGGGCGAGCCUUGCCUGGACCUCUGAGCCAUGGAAGGUGACUCAUGACCCUGUGAGAUUCUCCUGGCCGGGCAGCAUUACCAGUGGCCCGAGCACAGUCUGGUCUCAGUUCUGACAAGUGUCACCAAAACUAACAAAGUGUCAGGAGUUUACUGGCCUUCACAGCCAAGUCUCUUCUCGGGAUCUACGCAGUGGUUUGCGCAGGUCUCCACAACUCUUUGCUCUUUCCAGAAACCCCAGGUGGCCUCCAGGGCCUUUCGGAACUGCCCUCUUUAACCAGGCCAACAUCUAUAGACUUAGGAAGGACCAGACUUCCAUCUGCCUUUGAGACCCUUAACUUAGCACAGUAGCAGAGUUUCUAGGAGCAGCUUAGUGAAGAACCUAGAAACCUAAUAGGAAUUCAUUCCCUGCUUGUUGACAAAGUACUGUCUGAGACCGAGACGCCACAGGGACAGACACUGAAACUUUUGGAGUGAAGUAUCUGGGAUAGAUAAGACUGCUCUUUGAUGGCCAUGGCAUAAGGAACAUUAUCCUGGGAACACAACUUUGCUCUUGGCACUAAACAAGAUUGGUGAUGAAAUGGAGCCUGGAACGAACUCUUUUCAAGUAGAGUUUCCAGAUUUUUCCAGCACCAUUCUGCAAAAGCUAAACCAGCAGCGGCAGCGAGGGCAGCUGUGUGACGUCUCCAUUGUGGUCCAAGGCCACACUUUCCAGGCACACAAAGCCGUUCUUGCUGCCAGCUCACCCUACUUUUGUGACCAAGUACUCCUGAAAAACAGUAGGAGAAUUGUUUUGCCUGAUGUGAUGAACCCAAGAGUGUUUGAGAACAUUCUUUUAUUUAGCUACACAGGACGCCUUGUCAUGCCUGCUCCAGAAAUUGUUAGUUACUUAACAGCAGCCAGCUUCCUCCAGAUGUGGCACGUGGUGGACAAGUGCACUGAGGUUCUGGAGGGAAACCCCACGGUCCUGUGUCAGAAGCUGAACCACGGCAGUGACCACCAGUCUCCCAGUAGCAGUAACUACAAUGGCCUGGUGGAGAGCUUUGAGCUGGGCUCUGGGAGCCACACUGAUUUCCCCAAAGCCCAGGAACUGAGAGACGGUGAAAAUGAAGAGGAAAGCACCAAAGACGAGCUAUCAUCUCAGGUCACCGAGCACGAGUAUUUGCCCAGUAACUCAUCUACAGAGCAUGACCGACUGAGCACUGAGAUGGCCAGUCAGGACGGGGAGGAGGGAACCAAUGACAGUGCUGAGUUCCACUACACUCGGCCUCUGUAUAGCAAGCCCAGCAUCAUGGCUCAUAGGCGCUGGAUCCAUGUGAAGCCUGAGCGCCUGGAACAGGCAUGGGAUGGCAUGGAUGUGCACACAGCCUAUGAUGAGCACCAGGUCACCGAGUCCGUCAAUACUAUGCAGACGGAUCAUGCAGCCCAGCCUUCAGGAGCGGAGGAGGAGUUCCAAAUUGUGGAGAAGAAAGUGGAAGUAGAGUUUGACGAGCAAGCAGAGGGCAGCAACUAUGACGAACAGGUGGACUUCUAUGGCUCUUCCAUGGAAGAGUUCUCUGGAGAAAAGUUGGAUGGGAAUCUAAUUGGACACAAACAGGAGGCUGCCCUUUCAGCAGGCUACAGUGAGAAUAUUGAAAUGGCCAUGGGGAUAAAAGAAGAGGCCUCCCACUUAGGAUUCUCGGCCACAGACAAGCUGUAUCCUUGUCAGUGUGGGAAAAGUUUCACACACAAAAGUCAGCGAGAUCGACACAUGAGUAUGCACCUCGGUCUUCGCCCGUAUGGCUGUAGUGUCUGUGGUAAGAAAUUCAAAAUGAAGCACCAUCUCGUGGGCCACAUGAAAAUUCAUACAGGCAUAAAGCCCUACGAAUGUAAUAUCUGUGCAAAGAGAUUUAUGUGGAGGGACAGUUUCCACAGGCAUGUGAUUAAUUGUACCAAGUCCUAUGAAGCUGCAAAGGCUGAGCAGAAUACAACUGAGGCUAACUAAAAAUAGGGGCUGGCCCUUGAGUGGCAUGCAUAAAAAUAAACUAUGGUAAUUAAUGCAAAUCUGGGCACAGAUGAUGCGUGCCACUUGCUAUUAUGAGAGAGGCUUAAAAAAUAAAAGGAAGAUAUUUCUGAAAGACCAGCUCUAAGUAGGCCAAUUAAAAGAUUUAAUUUCUCAAAUCUGUAUGUUCUUAUCCUGGCCUAGAAUGGAUGAUGGGGCUAAGUUCACGCAGUGCCCAGCUGGCAAGACAGUCCUUCCAGCCAGCAGUGGCUAAGGCAGGGGACUGGGUGGCAGAAUCUAACCCACCAGUCCUGCACAGGUGGCAGCAGCCGGCUGUCACCAUUGUCCCGAGGUCUUGUUGCAUUUUGUUCUCUCCUGGUAGCUGCAGGGCUUCUGGGUUUUGCUUUGGUACCUGCAUCACUGGAUGCUGCUCCCCUCAAGGUUACAGCAAGGACUCCUUGGCUGAGCUGUGAGCAGAGCUCCUUAUUGUCUACUUUCGUACAUUCUAAAGGUUCUAGCUAAAGCUGUGGCGAUGUUAGAUGGAGCUUCUAAGUCUGAAGCAGGAGACAUUGUUACCAUGCUGCAGACUCUGGAUAAGGCACAAUUUUAUGUUUAACUCUAAUUGGUUAAGUCUAUGGGUGCCAGAGAUAGGUGUUUCUAGUUGGUGUGUUGUCCUAAGCUCCCCUCAUUUAAUGGCAGGGGAUGCCAGUUUAGUGACACAUGACAGUGCUGGCUAGUAGUGGCCUGUGGCUCCCCUGCCUUAGAUCAUGGUGCUUCCCAACAAGGGCAGCCAGGGACCACAGCUCAUGAGACUAAGCCAGAAUGCAUGGCUAAGAGUUCCCUGUGAGCAAGACAUUCCUAUACUCAGUGAGUGAGAGGUAGCAACUUCUUAUACACAGAAGCCUUGAGAAAUGAAUCUUAAAAACACUGGUGUAGAGAGUGCUGUUUUAAAGGGUGUGCUGAGCAAUAUUGUCAGCUCUUUGUGAGAGCUGGAACAUGGCUUCAAAGGGGAAAGGAGCCCUACAUUAAGCAACAUCAUCUACAGAUUCAUGUUUCCCAGUCACAGAGAAAGCUGCAUUUACAAGUCCCAGUAGUUUAUGUGUGCAUGCACACACACACACACAUACCCUCCUCCUCCUCCUCCUCCUCCUCCUCCUCCUCCUCCUCCUCUUCUGCAAGGACAAGGCUGCCUUGAGGUCUGUUCUGCAUGGUCAAAUGUAUUAGGUUGGAAAGAAAGCUUGUGUUCAGAAAGCUUUUAAGCAUGUGACAGACCUGAGGCUCUUGCUGGGUAGGGGUCUAGUGUGCUUUUCCUUUACUGACCAAAGCAGCUUAGGGAGGAAAAGGUUUAUGUCAGCUCACACCACAUCAUUGAGGAAACUCAUGUCAGGAACUUGAAUAUUGACAGUCACACCCACAGGCCGCUCCCUCAGUUGAGACUCCCUCUGACUCUAGGCUGUGUCAGAGCUAGCUAGAUGGUAGGCAGGGUUUUGCUCCUAUAUCAUGUUUGAUUUUUAAACUUUGGCUUUCUCUAACAUAACAGACAUUUCUGGCAAAAGCCUCCGAUCUUCAGGCUCUGACAUGAAGGAUGUACCUUUGACCGUUGUCUGGAAAGAGGAAAGAAAAUAUAGACUUGCCAGUAAAUGUUUGUGAUUAAGAUUACAAAACAGGGAUCUAUUUACAAACACUGUAUCAGUCUUGGCAUAUAAAAGCACUUUGUAUUAAAACUUUAUUAUAAGUAUAGAUGUAAGGUUUUUUGUUUUUUUUUAACCUAGAAACUAGGUAUUACUUCCUACUGGUUUGCUACAUUCAGAUGACCUUCCAAUGUCUGCCAGUUAUCAGUCCUGUCCUUGUCCCUGAGAAGUGAAUAGAGAUAUACAGUCACACUCGACUCGCCUCCUACUCUUCACACAUGAGAGGGAGGCCAGUGGGUUUCAGGACAACCCUAAGCUGGGUGAGGGUGAAGUGGUUUUGGCUUCUUAAUAUUUCUACACUGAGGCAGUUAAGCCAUUCUGUUGUCAGAAGCAACCCUCAUGUUCAGGCUUCUGCCUGUUGAACAGAUCCGUUGAAGUCUAUUCAUAUAAGAGACCCUUGCAGGGAAGAGUUUGGGGGUAAAAGACACCCUGGUCCUUGGGUUAUAUUGAGUCAGUAAACCUUGUCAAAAGCUGACAAAGCUUUCAUUCAAUUGGAAUGUGGCAGACCCUGUGAGAAGUCCAGAAGUCCGUGGUCCAGAAGGUUAAAGUGAGGCUUCUGACCUGCCUUUCCCGGUAGAGAGCCUUUCUGGCAGCCUGCCCUGUUACAGUACUAGUCUCUCCCCUCACCACUGCCUUAGGGAAAUCAUCACCCUUCCAGAAGAGCUUGAGUAGUUGUGGGCAGCACUGUCCAGUGUUUCAGGGAUUCUGUCAGUGGCCCACCAGCACAGUGUAUGUCUGCACUGAGCUGUGGCUGAUUUCCUCUAGUCCUCAUACAAAGGGCUUCAAGGCCCCACUGGUUGCAUUUCCUAAUCUGCAGGCACAUGCCUUCAGUCAUGGAUUCAUGUCACAGGAGCUCCUCUUGUGCUGCGGUUUGCCCUUGUGCUCUCCUGAGCCCUGGCCAAUGACCUCGGAUUUCUGUUCUCACCUCCUCCUCCCAUAUUCUUAGAGCCUCACUAAAGGCUCCCCUCCAUUGCAGGAGUUUCCCGAACCACUCUGACCCUGGGCAGGCUUUUAGCUGUUGGGAAAGCUGCAUGCUACAGUGGGUGGCAUACCCUGGGAAGUUGAACAUUCUGGAAAAGGUUCUGGGGCUGAGUCUCCAAGGUUGGGAUGGAGCUUUGCCUCGCCCACAGAUGUGGUUGUUCCCUAAAUUCUCAGACACUUUGGAAAUGCUGAGGACCACAGGCCAGGCUGCCCGUGCCCUCCUGGGAUCUAGGCUGUUCUGACUGUAAACUAACUUUACCCAGUGAACCCUGGGUUGUUUUGGGUUUUGGUUUUUCUUUUUUCUCUCUCUCUGCUAUUUACAUAUUUAAAGGUACUAGUUUGCAAACCUCUACUGAUAGUGCCCUGUGGGAAGAUGCUGGAACACCUGUUGCAAAUGUGAUUUUUUUUUUCUUUUUAAAUGUUGCUUGAAGCCUGUGUCAUGUCAGUUGCUGCUGCCCCCUUUCUUUUUAUGAGGGUCCCAAUGUUUCUUCCAGAAAAUUAUUUUAUUUAUGCAAGUCAGAUGACUCUUAGGCCACAGAACCAUGGGGUGAUAAGCAGAUUGUCAUUAGGUGCAUAUCAUGGAUACUUUGUGAACGCCUGUGUUUUAGAAGUUAAAUAGUUCUUUCUAGAAUUGCUGUCUUCAGUGUACAGCGUGGUUUAAAUGAAUGUUACUGUUUAAUAUUUUCUUCUUAUAGAAGAGAUCAUGUCCUUUUGUAUGACAAGUUUUAAUAAAUGUUACCUGUCCAUUUUGUACAAA